AUGAGAGGGGCGGUCGUCGGGCUGGAGGAGCUUCAGCGGGACGGAGUGACUCAUUCAUUUGCCAAAGAGUCACCUGGAGUCUCUACACAAAUCCCCGACCAGCAACCAGGUUGGCUGGAAAGUGACACUGGCUCUCCCUUCCUUGCUUGUCGACGGGCAAUCGAUCGGCGAAUGAACCCAGCAGCCCCCCGGGGUCUGGAAUUGGCCCACGGCAUGGACCCCCUCGCCAACCUCAGUUUGCAAACAGAGCAAAGCUCGGAAGGAAUUGACUGUGGGGUCCCCGGGGUCUCUGGGCUCGGCUGUUUUCCUGCAAACGUUUCGUUGCCCGGCUGGGUAGCCCUGAAGACGUGGUCCAGCCGGGUGCGGAUCCUGGCCAGCCUGCCCGCCAGCCAGCUGGUCCUGGUGUGCCGCCUGGUUUGCUCCCAGUGGAAGGCCCUGGUGGACGGGGCAGCCCUCUGGCUGCUGAAAUGCCAGGCCGAGGGCUUUGCCAGGCAGGACGCCGAAGCGGAGGGCGCAGACAGCUGGCAAACCCUCUACUUUCUGAAUAAGAGGAAGCGGAAUUUAAUCCGGAAUCCCAACGGUGAAGAGGGUCUCCAGUAUUGGGAGAACGUGCAAAAUGGGGGCGACGGCUGGAAAGUCGAAGAGCUGCCUGGCGACUUCGGGAAGGACUUCCCCAGCGAUGAAGUCCACACCUAUUUCGUCUCAUCUUUUGACUGGUGCAGUAAAUCCCAAGUGAUCGACCUGCGGGCUGAAGGCUACUGGGAAGAGCUGAUGGACACCGUGCAGCCCAAAAUCGUGGCGAAAGACUGGUACGCGGCUCGCUGCGACGCCGGCUGCCUCUACAACCUGAAGGUGAAGCUGCUGUCCGCUAACGAAGACGUGGUGGCCGAGUUUGCAAGCGAAACCAUCGCGGUCCCCCAGGACAACGAAGGCGAGUGGGCCGAGAUCACUCACACGUUCGCCGAGUACGGUCCCGGAGUUCGCUUCAUCCAUUUCGAACAUGGGGGUCAGGACACGGUUUUCUGGAAGGGCUGGUACGGAGCACGCGUGGCGUCCAGCACCGUGCUCGUGGAGCCGUAGCGCUGCCCGCCGAGCGGAUCCCCCUUCCCUCCCGGAGGCCGCCCGCUACCUAUUCGACGGGAAACCCUUGCUCUGAAACCAAAAUGCACACUUAAAAAAAUCCCCCCCGUAUUAAA